CACCUGGGCUGAGACAUACAGGACAGAGCAUGGCUCGCCUACAGACUGUGUUCCUGGGUGUCCUCAUCCUCCUUGCUGUGGCGCUUCAAGCAACUGAGGCAGGCCCCUACGGCGCCAACAUGGAAGACAGCGUCUGCUGCCGUGAUUACGUCCGUUACCGUAUGCCCCUGCGUGUGGUGAAACACUUCUACUGGACCUCAGACUCCUGCCCGAGGCCUGGCGUGGUGUUGCUAACCUCCAGGGAUAAGGAGAUCUGUGCCGAUCCCAGAGUGCCCUGGGUGAAGAUGAUUCUCAAUAAGCUGAGCCAAUGAAGAGCCUAUUCUGAUGACCAUGGCCUCGGCUCCUCCAGGAAGGCUCAGGAGCCCUACCUCCCUGCCAUUACAGCUGCUCCGGCCAGAAGCCUGUGCCAACUCUCUGCAUUCCCUGAUCUCCAUCCCUGUGGCUGUCACCCUUUGUCACCUCCGUGCUGUCACUCCCAUAUCCCCCUGACCCCUCUAACCCAUCCUCUGCCUCCCUGCAGCCAGAGUGUCCUGUUCCCAUCAGCGAUUCCCCUGCUCAAACCCUUCCAUGACUCCCCACUGCCCUAAGCUAAGUCAGGGCUCCCAAGCCUGGCAUGCAGCCUUCUGGAUCUGGGUUCCAUCUCUGUCUCCAGCCUGCCCACUUCCCUUCAUGCAUGUUGAGUUCUAGCUCCCUGUUCUCCAAACCCAUACUACACAUCCCACUUCUGGGGUCUUUGCCUGGGAUGUUGCCGACACCCAGAAAGUCCCACCACCUGCACAGGUGUAGCCCCACCAGCCCUCCAAGGCAUUGCUCGCCCAAGCAGCUGGUAAUUCCAUUUCAUGUAUUAGACAUCCCCUGGCCCUCUGUCCUCUCUUAAUAACCCUAGUCACAGUCUCCCCAGAUUCUUGGGAUUUGGGGGUUGUCUCCCCCACCUCCCCACUAGUUGGACCAAGGUUUAUAUCUAAGUUACUCUGGUCUCCCGGCCUCUAGCAUAGAGCACUGCAGACAGGCCCCAGCUCAGAAUCAGAGCCCGGAAAGUGGCUGCAGACAAAAUCAUUAAAACUAAUGACCCUCCCCUCUCCCUGCCAAAAGGCAGUUACCUAUCAAUACAGAGACUCAAGGUCACUAGAAAGGGGCCAGCUGGGUCAAUGUGAAGCCCCAAAUUUGCCCAGAUUCACCUUUCUUCUCCCACUCUCCCCCUUUUUUUUUUUUUUUUGAGAUGAGAUGGAGUUUCGUUCUUGUCACCCAGGUUGCAGUGCAAUGGUGCGGUCUUGGCUCAUUGAAGCCUCCACCUCCUGGGCUCAAGUGAUUCUCUUGCCUCAGUCUCUUGAGUAGCUGGGAUUACAGGUUCCCGCUACCACGCCCGGCUAAUUUUUGUAUUUUUAGUAGAGAUGAGGCUCCACCUUGUUGGCCAGGCUGGUCUCGAACUCCUGUCCUCAGGUAAUCUGCCCACCUCAGCCUCCCAAAGUGCUGGGAUUAUAGGCGUGAGCCACAGCGCCUGACCUCUUCCCUCACCCCUUUUUUUUUUUUUUUUAAUGACAGAGUCUCACUCUGUUGCCCGGGCUGGAAUGCAAUGGCGUGAUCUCAGCUCACUACAACCUCGACCUCCUGGGUUCAAGCGAUUCUCCUGCCCCAGCCUCCCAAGUAGCUGGGAUUACAUGU